UUGCUCUAUCCGAGAGCUGGCUGCUACCCUUCCCAGGCAGUGCUUGGGGUUGCCGAGAAGCAUCUUUUAUCUUUUUCGCCAUGCCUUGCAACCCAAACGGCGGAUGCAUGGAAUCUUCACUUCAAUGUCCAGAUAGCCGGCCACUAGAAUGCGUAGAGCAGUCGAACACAGCGAGUAUUUGGCGCCUUUGAUCUUAGUGACACGGGGGCAUGCCUGUCACACUUCGCUUGUGCAUUCCGCAUAUGGAAAUAUGGGCAGGGCAAUCUCGUCACGGCGGGGCUGCGCUGGCCGCGCAUCACAUGAACUAGAUUCGUUGUGGCAGCGAGUUCCGCUGCUCUUGUUUUUAUGUUUUGGUGUGAGGAGGCCCGUCCGGGUCCGCGCGGAGGGCUGUGCACCCCGGCAAAUAUUUAUGCUUGUGGUAUUCGGGUACUCGCCAGCUGGUGGGGGAGAGGCGUUUGUCCCAGAAAAACCUUCUUUUUCGCUGAAUAUAGACGCGCAAAUGAAGGUGGGCACGGAAAAGGGCAGCGCCGGGCCCAGCCAGCCAACCCGGGAUUCAGCUCCUGCGAAGCAGCUGUUUGGGGAUGGGGGCUGGUAUGAAAACAGCAAUAUCUCCUAAGGGGAUACCGGGCACGUCAUGGUCUGGCUGUAUACGGAAGACACCGCUCCAAGGGGUAUCGGCAAUGACGGCAUACCGACAUAGCACGCAUCCUAAACUAAGCCGAGCAUGG